AUGGGCCGUAGUAAAGGAAUUUUGGGGUUGUUCGACACGAGUAGGGGCCUGAUUGAGGAGCACUCUUGGUCGCUAAGCCAACGCCAGUGGGUGCGAAUGAACCCAUCAUCACAACUUGUCGAACAUCUUCACAGUGGACAUAGGCAUAAGCUUAGGCCACUACAGGGAACUAAGUCAUGUGAAGAACAUCACUUCGGGCCUUAUCAAGACGAUCAUCAAGGCCAUCCAAAAAUAUGUAAACUUGAUCUUCCUGUAGAAUAUCAUUAUAGCGCUUGA